ACUGCGACCCAGCGACACCCCGAGUUUGCCAGCUCGUACUUCGUCAAGCUCUCGUAUUCGUGGCUCAGCCCGCUGCUCAAGAAAGGCUGGAAGUCUCCCCUCCAAGAGCGUGACAUCUGGGAUGUCGACGACCGUUAUCGGGCGAGUCUCUUGUCCGAUCGCUUCCAGGAAAACUGGCUUCGGGAAGUGGCCAAGCACCCGCCUUCCAAGUAUCCGCUGCUCGCAGCAUUGUGGGCGACCUUUGGUUGGCCCUUUGCCCUCUCGGGGCUCCUGCGGAUCAUCGCCGACAGUAUGGCUCUGAUCUCGCCAUUCAUCUUGCAAGCCAUCCUGAACUAUCUGUCCAAUAUCCAGUCGCCCAACAACACCGACAACGGCUGGUACGGCUAUGUGCUGGCCCUGGUGUUGUUCCUGGUCCAGAUCAUCCAGACCCUGUGCUUGCAGUGGCACUUUGAGAUCACAGCCAAGACUGGCUUUUGUGUACGAACGGCCCUGGUGUCGGGGUUGUAUCGCAAGAGUCUCCUGCUGUCCCCAAGAGCCCGACAAUCGUUCACAACCGGCAAAGUGCUCAACGUUAUGGCAACGGACACCAGCCGCAUCGAUAACUCGAUGAUAUGGAUGCAUCUUGUUUACGCCGCACCGUUCCAAAUCGUCGUUGCCUCUGCCCUGAUCAUUUGGACCGUGGGCGUCAGUGGCGUCGUUGCCAUCGCGCUCCUGCUCUUGUAUAUCCCUGUGCAGACCUUCAUUCUCAAGAAGCUGAGUAUCCAUCGCUCCAAAGCCAAUCAGUUCGCCGACAAGCGGGUCAAGAUCACGCAAGAAUCGAUGAUGGGCAUUCGUGUAAUCAAAUCCUAUGCUUGGGAGGACAGUUUCAUCAAGGUUAUUGAGGAUGUGCGUUCCAAGGAGCUCUGGCACAUCUGGUAUUACCUUCUGGCCCAAGCGUACAUCGGCGGGAUUUCUCAGACCAUCCCGGCGCUAGCCAUGAUCCUCAUGUUCAUCAGCUACUACCAGCUUGGAAAUCCGCUGACCAUCUCGACGGUCCUACCGGCACUCUCCCUUGUCUACUGUCUCCGCAAUCCUUUGAACCAAUUGCCGGGCGCGGUUCCGUCUUGGGUUGAUGCUUGGGUCUCGUCCAGGCGAGUCGAGGGCUUUUUGCUUGCCGAGGAGAUCUCCGAUGGCCCCAAGAUGAUCCAAGGCUCAGAAUACGCCAUCUCGGUACAGGAUGCCGACUUUGUUUGGGACACUGCCGAGAGUGUUGCCCUGGACGCUGCCUCCAAGGAGGGGGAUCCUCAGAUUGUCGAUUCGCUCCACAGCCCUGCCCCAUGGUCACUUGGCCCUAUCACUCUGCAGAUACCCCAUGGUGCGCUCUAUGCCAUCGUUGGCCCGGUUGGCUCAGGCAAGAGCUCGCUACUGAAUGCCCUGGUGGGAGAGAUGAAACGCUCCCGCGGAUCCGUGUUUUUCUCAGGCUCGGUGGGAUACUGUCCCCAGACCGCCUGGAUCCAAAACGCCACCCUCCGAGACAAUGUCCUCUUCGGCUUGCCCAUAGACGACAAAAAAUAUGCCAAGGUUCUCAAAUGUUGCGCGCUGGAGCGCGAUCUCCAGGUCUUGCCUGCCGGCGACUCGACCGAGAUUGGCGAGCGAGGCAUCAACCUCAGCGGCGGUCAAAAGCAGCGAGUCAAUCUGGCCCGCGCUGUCUACUUUGACUGCGAUAUCAUCCUCAUGGACGACCCCCUCAGCGCUGUCGAUGCUCAUGUCGGCAAGUACCUGUUCGACAACUGUAUCAAAGGUGCCCUCAGCAAGAAAACUCGUGUCCUCGUCACCCAUCAGCUGAGCAUCCUGCCCAAAGUCGACUAUAUCGUUGUUAUGGAUCAAGGCCGCGUCGCCGACCAAGGAACAUAUGAGAGUCUGAUGCAGUCAAGCGGUGCAUUUUCCCGGCUCAUGAAGGAGUUUGGUGGCGUAUCUGAGCGCGAAGCCGGCGACCAAGCCGAGCCUAGUAGCAACGACGAUAUUGUGGCCAAAACCGAAUCCAAGACAGAUAUCGAUCUGGUCAUCGAAGACGACCACAACAUCCCCGUAGACGUCGGCGAGGACAAGGGGAAUCUGAUUGUUCGGGAAGAGCGCAAUGUUGGCGCCGUUGCUGGAUCGAUGUACUCCAAGUACCUGAAGAUGGCCGGCGGCGUGUCCAUGGGUGUGCUGAUCAUGUCCAUCUCGGUGCUGAUUCAGGGAUCGCGCAUAGGCACCGACAACUGGCUCGUCCAGUGGAGCUACAGCACCUUCCGGCUCAGUCUCGCCGCAAACGAAGGCAUCUUUGUCGUGCUUGGGCUGUGCCAGGUCGUCACCUUGGUCGUCGUCGGCACGCUCUUUGCGACGGCCGGCAUCCGGGCUGCCAAGACUCUCCACGACUCGGCCUUACGCAGCCUUUUCCAUGCACCAAUGCAAUUCUUCGACCAGACACCACUGGGUCGAAUCACAAACCGUUUCAGCAAGGAUUUGGAUACUGUCGACACCCAGCUCUCAGAGCUCUACCGGAUUGUCAUUUUUGCUUUCUGGCUCAUUGUCUCCAACUUUGUGAUGAUCGCAAUCAUCUUCCCGGCCUUCCUUGCACCGUUGUUACCGGCCCUUUACCUAUAUUAUCGUCUGCAGCUCUAUUAUCGCUCGAGCACCCGCGAGCUCAAGCGGAUGGACUCCAACACCCGGUCGCCUCUCGUCGCCCAGUUCUCGGAGACACUCUCGGGGCUGGCGACGAUUCGCGCCUAUUCGGUCCAGGGCAACUUCAUCCGCAACAAUCUCCGGUUGCUGGAUGGCAACAACAAAAUCUACUAUACAUCCCGCAUGAUCGAGCGCUGGCUUGCCGUCCGUCUGGAGCUGCUCUCAUCGCUUUUGAUCUUGAUGGCGUCGCUGCUGACCAUGCUCUGGCGCUACUCGGUUGCUCCUGGCUUUGCCGGCCUGGUGAUCACCUAUUCGAUCCAAGUCCUAUCGACGUUCAACUACUGUAUCCGACUCAUGGCCGAGACUGAGGUCCAGAUGAACUCGACUGAGCGUUUGAUUUAUUAUGUCAGCGAAAUCGACCACGAGGCUCCCUAUGAGAUUCAGGAAACGGAGCCUGCGAAAACUUGGCCCGAGUCGGGAAGCCUCCGCUUUGUUAAUGUCGAGCUGAAAUAUCGCGCCGAUUUGCCUCACGUGUUGAAGGGCAUAUCGUUCGAAGCUGAGGCAUCCAAGAAGAUCGGUAUCGUUGGAAGGACAGGCGCAGGAAAAUCGAGCAUCAUCGUUGCCCUGCUGAGACUUGUCGAGAUAUCAUCGGGACGGAUCGAGCUCGACGGCGUCGAUAUCUCCAAGCUCGGACUCAAGACCCUUCGCUCCAAAAUUGCGGUCAUCCCGCAGGAUCCUGUCCUGUUCUCGGGCACCGUGAGAAGCAAUCUUGAUCCCUUCAACGAGUACACAGACCAGGAGCUAUGGGAGUGUCUGGAGCGCUCCAACCUCAAGAAGGCUGUUGCUGGAACCCCGGGACAGCUGGAUUCAGUGGUCACUGAGAACGGCGAGAACUGGAGCACAGGCCAGCGCCAGCUGUUCUGUCUCGCUCGCGCAAUGCUGCGCCGUGCCAAGCUUGUGGUUCUUGACGAAGCAACUGCCUCUGUCGACCUACCUACCGACGAGUUUAUCCAGCAGGCUAUCCGCCAGAAUAUGGCCGGUUGCACCAUUUUGACGAUUGCGCAUCGCCUCAACACUGUCAUCGACUACGACAGGAUUCUCGUCCUUGGCGGCGGCGAGGUCAUUGAGUACGACUCGCCCGCUGUCCUGCUCAGGAACAUAGCGAGCGCCUUCUCGAAGAUGGUCGAGGAGACCGGCCCGAGCAACACCGAGUAUCUGAGGUCGAUCGCUCUUGGC